AUGUGAGUUCUCAUGAUGGGCCUGGACCCUGCGGAGAAAACCACCAUGCUGUAUAACCUAAAGCUGAAUGAGAUUGUGACCGCCAUCCCCACCACAGGUUUCAACGUGGAAGCUGGGGGGUGUAAGAACAUCAGCUUCACCGUGUGGGACGUGGAUGGCGUCUGUGGCACCACUACUUCUCACCUUGUGAUAGACAGCGAUGACAGAGAGUGCAUGAACGAGGCCCAAGAGGAGCUCCUGCAGAUGCUGCUGCCAGCAGAGGAAGAGCUCAGGGAUGCCGUCCUACUCGUGUUCACAAACAAGCUGGACCUCCCCCAAAGCCUGGAAUGCGCGAGAGCACAGACAAGCUGGGCCCGCAUCCUCUGCCCUCAGGCCACCUUUGUUGCCAAUGGGGACUGGUUCUAUGAGGGACGGGACUGGAUGUCCGAUCAGCUGGGGAACCAGAAGUGCGCCGCACUUCUCUGCCCGCUCACUCCUUCCUUCAUCACCUCUUUCCUUCGGGUGGCAGUGUGCCUCUGUGGUGUGAGGGCCAGAAGCUGUCUCCAGGGUUGGUCCCAGGAUGCUUCACCAUGA